AAAAGAGCAACUCAUAUUGUUAAUUAUUAUAAUUAUAUAUAUUUUUUUCAGAGAGUUACACGGAAACCCAAUUACUAGGGUUUUUAAAUUCCUUUGUCUUCUUUCAUAAGUGUCGCAAAAAUAUUAUAUUCGCAUCAUUGUGAAAUUUGCUUGUUUUUAAUGGUGUUUUCAAUGGUUGUGGUGCCCGAAUGUUUUCGAAUCGACGAAUUUACCUCCGAAACAAGAUCUUAACCCUCCAUUGUGAUGACUUUCAGCAGCAGUGAAUGGCUCGUUUUCAUUCUCGGUUGCUUCAUUUCUUCACCUUCUUCUGCACCACCUUCGUCAUCUGUCUUUCGUCUUCUAGCAUCGAAUCGGAUUUUUGGAUAACCGAUUCGGAUUCGGAAGGUCUUUUGUUCCACCAAGACUACUCUCCUCCAGCACCUCCUCCACCGCCUCCUCACGCACCGUCAGUGUCUUGUACUGACGAUCUCGGUGGGGUAGGUUCUCUCGAUUCCACGUGUAAGAUUGUGGCCGAUUUGAACCUCACUCGUGAUGUUUACAUAGCGGGAAAGGGUAAUUUUUACAUACUCCCCGGAGUUCGAUUCCAUUGCCCCAUUUUGGGCUGUUCCAUAACCCUAAACAUCAGCGGGAACUUUUCCUUAGGCGAAAAUUCAACUAUAGUUGCUGGUACUUUCGAGCUCGCGGCUUAUAACGCUAGUUUUUUCAAUGGCUCGGCCGUGAACACUACGGGAUGGGCAGGGGACCCGCCGCCGCAGACGAGUGGGACACCUCAGGGUGUAGAGGGAGCGGGCGGAGGUCAUGGGGGCCGAGGUGCGAGUUGUUUAGUGGAGGAAGGGAAGCUGCCGGAGGAUGUAUGGGGUGGAGAUGCUUAUUCGUGGUCAUCAUUGCAGAACCCUUCGAGUUAUGGUAGUAAGGGAGGGUCGACGAGUAAGGAAGUGGAUUACGGAGGAGGAGGUGGUGGCCGGGUAAGAAUGGAUAUUAAAGAGUUUCUGGAUGUGAAUGGGAGCUUGUUGGCUGAGGGGGGUGAUGGAGGGAGUAAAGGAGGUGGUGGUUCAGGUGGUUCCGUCUAUAUCAAAGCUCAUAAAAUGACUGGAGGUGGCAGGAUAAGUGCUAGCGGAGGUAAUGGUUUUGCUGGUGGAGGUGGUGGAAGAGUUGCGGUUGAUGUUUUCAGCAGGCAUGAUGAACCAACAAUAUAUGUGCAUGGAGGAAUUAGCCGUGGCUGCUCUAAGAAUGCUGGUGCUGCUGGAACCCUUUAUGAUGCUGUGCCUCGAAGUCUUAAUGUUAACAAUUAUAAUUUGUCAACAGAUACAGAAACGCUUCUUCUAGAGUUUCCUUAUCAGCCACUUUGGACUAAUGUCUAUAUUCGAAAUUGUGCCAGGGCCAGUGUUCCAUUGCUUUGGAGUCGUGUUCAGGUGCAAGGACAGAUAAGUCUUCUAUGUGGGGGGGUUCUGAGCUUUGGGCUAGCACAUUAUGCAACUUCAGAGUUUGAACUAUUGGCAGAAGAACUGUUAAUGAGUGAUUCUAUAAUCAAGGUCUAUGGGGCUUUACGCAUGACUGUGAAAAUAUUCUUGAUGUGGAAUUCGAAAAUGCUAAUAGAUGGUGGUGAAGAUUCAACUGUUGCAACUUCAUGGCUCGAGGCUAGUAAUUUAGUCGUUCUCAAGGAAUCAUCAGUUAUACAAUCAAAUGCAAACCUGGGAGUACAUGGACAAGGUUUAUUGAAUUUAUCUGGAUCAGGAGAUAAAAUUCAGGCACAACGUUUGGUCCUAUCACUAUUUUACAGUAUUCACGUUGGACCUGGAUCUGUUUUACGUGGUCCCCUAGAGGAUGCAUCAUCUUAUGCUAUUACACCAAAGCUUUAUUGUGAGCUCCAAGAUUGCCCCAUUGAACUACUUCAUCCACCUGAAGAUUGCAAUGUGAAUUCAUCUCUGUCUUUUACUCUCCAGAUAUGCCGAGUUGAGGACAUCACUGUCGAAGGUCUUAUUAAGGGGUCUGUUGUUCAUUUCCAUCGGGCUAGAACGAUAUCUGUGCAGUCUUCUGGAAUAAUUAGUGCUUCUGGGAUGGGAUGCAUAGGUGGUGUUGGCAAAGGGAACUUUUUAGACAAUGGUAUUGGCAGUGGUGGUGGCCAUGGUGGUAAAGGAGGCCUUGGAUGUUAUAAUAGUAGUUGUGUUGGGGGUGGUAAUUCAUAUGGAAAUUCCAAGUUGCCCUGUGAACUUGGUAGUGGAAGUGGAAAUGAGAGCUCAGCUGAUUCAAUUGCAGGCGGUGGUAUUAUAGUGAUGGGUUCUGUGGAGCAUCCAUUAUCAAGUUUGUCUGUUGAGGGUUCUGUGAGGGCUGAUGGAGAAGGUUUUGCAGAAACUGUCUGGCAAUAUGAGAAUUUUCUUUCCAAUGUUUCAAGCAUAGCUCCGGGGGGUGGCUCUGGUGGUACUGUGCUUCUGUUUCUACAUACGAUGACUCUUGGUGAAUCUGCCAUUCUUUCAAGUGUAGGAGGAUAUGGUAGUCCCAAAGGGGGUGGUGGUGGAGGAGGUGGAAGGAUUCAUUUUCAUUGGUCAAACAUUCCCACUGGAGAUGUGUACCAGCCUAUUGCUAGAGUGAAGGGAAGCAUCUAUGCUAGGGGAGGAUUAGGUAGAGAUGAGAGUGGUUCUGGAGAAAAUGGAACAGUGACUGGUAAAGCUUGUCCAAAAGGGCUGUAUGGGACAUUUUGUGUGGAAUGUCCUGUUGGUACUUACAAGAAUGUUAGUGGAUCUGAUAGUUCCCUCUGUCAACCUUGCCCUGCUUGGGAGCUUCCCCAUCGUGCCAUUUAUAUUGCUGUUCGAGGUGGUAUUGCUGAAACCCCUUGUCCUUACAAAUGCAUCUCAGACAGAUAUCACAUGCCAAACUGUUACACAGCACUUGAAGAGUUAAUAUACACAUUUGGGGGACCAUGGUUAUUUUGUCUUCUUCUUGUGGGUCUUCUCAUCCUCUUAGCACUAGUGCUAAGCGUUGCACGAAUGAAAUUUGUUGGAGUUGAUGAAUUACCAGGCCCAGCUCCCACUCAGCAUGGCUCUCAAAUAGAUCAUUCUUUUCCAUUUCUGGAGUCAUUAAAUGAGGUAUUGGAAACGAACAGAGUUGAGGAAUCACAGAGUCAUGUGCACAGAAUGUAUUUUAUGGGUCCUAAUACUUUCAGUGAACCUUGGCAUCUGCCCCACACGCCUCCAGAAGAAAUAAAAGAGAUUGUAUAUGAGGGUGCAUACAACAUGUUUGUGGAUGAGAUUAAUGCAAUAGCUGCUUACCAGUGGUGGGAAGGUGCAAUUUACACAAUUCUUUCUAUUCUUGCAUAUCCCCUUGCUUGGUCAUGGCAGCAAUGGCGGCGAAGAAUGAGAUUGCAACGGUUACGUGAGUUCGUGCGAUCGGAGUAUGACCAUGCUUGCUUACGUUCUUGCCGUUCACGGGCUCUCUAUGAGGGGCUUAAGGUAUCUGCAACUUCUGAUUUAAUGCUUGCUUAUAUGGACUUCUUCCUUGGUGGAGAUGAAAAGAGAACAGACCUUCCUCCUCGCCUCCCACAAAGGUUUCCUAUGGUUAUAAUUUUUGGAGGUGACGGAAGUUAUAUGGCACCAUUUUCCCUUCAAAAUGAUAACAUUCUUACCAGUCUUAUGAGUCAGUUAGUGCCCCCCACUACUUGGUAUCGACUGGUGGCUGGUUUGAAUGCACAAUUACGCUUGGUUCGUCGUGGACAGCUGAGAGUAACAUUUCGACCUGUCCUGCGAUGGCUUGAAACCCAUGCUAAUCCUGCUUUGAGAAUCUAUGGCGUAUUCAUUGGUCUUGCCUGGUUUCAGGCUGCACCUAACGGUUAUCACCAGUAUGGACUUUUGGUGUCUUCUGUUGAAGAGGAAAGCGAACCUGUAUCCUCGGGAAAUACCGAUGGAGGAGUCCAAACUGCACUACUUUCAAGCGUGAGGACCACAUACAUGCAAAAUCAAUCUGGUCACCUAGGAGAAGAUGUGCUUUUAACCGAAGGUCACGAAAGCAGUGAUGGUUUUGCUAGGCGGAGGAGGAGUUAUGGAAGUCUUAUAGAUACUAACAACUUACAAAUGCUUGAAGAGAAGAGAGAUAUGUUUUAUCUUCUCUCUUUCAUAGUCCACAAUACUAAACCCGUUGGUCACCAGGAUCUUGUUGGCUUGGUCAUAUCAAUGCUACUUUUAGGAGAUUUUAGCUUAGUGUUACUCACGUUCCUUCUGUUGUAUUCAAUAUCAUUGUUGGAUGUCUUUCUGGUGUUAUUUAUUUUACCUCUUGGCGUUCUUCUUCCUUUUCCUGCUGGCAUAAAUGCUUUAUUCAGUCAUGGACCAAGGCGUUCUGCAGGUCUCGCACGUUUCUAUGCUUUGUGGAACAUAACAUCCUUGGUUAAUGUCGGUGUUGCAUUUCUUUGUGGGUAUAUUCACUAUAAGAGUCAGUCAUCAUCUAGUAAACAGAUCCCCAACCUUCAACCAUGGAAUAUUAACAUGGAUGAAAGUGAAUGGUGGAUUUUUCCUGCUGGACUGGUUUUGUGUAAGCUUUUCCAAUCACAACUCAUAAACUGGCAUGUUGCGAAUCUAGAGAUUCAAGACCGUUCAUUGUAUAGUAAUGAUUUUGACCUAUUUUGGCAGUCAUGAGACACACCCUGUCUAAAAAGAGAUACAGACUUACACGUUAACGAGGGUUAUUUUGUUUAGUUCUUUUUGCUGUCCUAUUUUUGUAUGUAGUUUGAGAGUAACAAGUAGAAAUAGAAAACAGAGAAAAAAAAAGUUGAAAAGAAAAUUAUUAGAGUGAGAAGGGUCAGCAUUCAUUCAUGUAAGUUUGUCAAGUUUUAUUGUUUUUUGGAGUUGCAAUGCAAAUAACAAAUUGGGAUAUUGCUAAUAUGUUUUAAAGAGAAUUCAUUUGUAUAUGUAAUUUGGUUCUAAGUUAAUUGUAGGGAUUGAACUUUUCUUUGCUC